UUUUCUCAACUAAAUUUAUAGUCAGCGCUCAUCCUUUGACCGUUUUAACUUCAGCCACAAGGAAGAGAAAGUAAAGAAGUCCUGUAAUCGGAGGGUUUUUGGGGUUUAAGCCGGCGGUGGAAGAUCGAAGCGACAGUAACACAGCUAGCUGUGAAUCCAACGAUUCCUCCGGCACCGACUAGGAUGUCCACUUCGAAUUCGAAACUCCAAGACGCAGAAUCAAACGCUGCCGCCACUAAAACCCUGGAGGAUGAACAACAAUCGGGAUCCCCAAUUCCUCCCGAGGAAAAAUCUUCCGGGGAACCAGAUCAAUCAGGAAAGAUCCCUGAAAGUGGAGGGGAAGAUCCUGAAGAGGAAGAGGAGGGGGAGUGUGGGUUUUGCUUGUUUAUGAAAGGGGGCGGUUGCAAAGAUAGCUUCGUAGAGUGGGAGAAAUGCAUUGAGGAGGCGGAGAAGAACAAGGAGGAUAUUGUUGAGAAGUGCUUCGAAGUGACUGGAGCUCUGAAGAAGUGUAUGGAGGCUCAUGCGGAUUAUUACGAGCCGAUUCUGAAGGCGGAGAAGAUGGCGGAGGAGGAAGCGAUUAUGGAAUUGGAGAAGGAAAUGACUCCGGAUGCAAAUUCCAAUGUCCUCGAGGUAAAUGAGGGUUCUAACAAUUCGGAAGAACAGAAGGCCUCUGCCGGUAGUAAGUGAAGUUCGUCGAUGCUCGUUUGAUCUAAUUCCUGAGGCAUAAACCCUUACUUUUUUAGAGUAUUUAGUUUCUUGUCGAUCUUUUGUCUUAGUGCACUGAAAAUGGAUCUUCAAAUUAUCAUAGAAAAGGAGAGGUCUUACCUUACACCACUUAUCAUUGAAUUCAAAUUUCUGAAUAAUUGUUCAGGUGAUUACGCCUAAUAUCAUUUUUCCAAGAAUCAUCUGAAUUCCCCCUUCCAACUAUAGUUGGAAACAUUGGCAAAAAUCUGUACCCGUUACUUCAUAUAUGAACUAUGUAUUCUCUUAAUAAGAGCUCCAUUUAUGAACUAUAAUACGUGAAACUUUCUAGUUUGUUUUGUGAAAUUUGUGUGGUUUAACUUUUCAUCUGGGCUUUGUGGAGAAUUAAUUUGAUCCUUUGUUG